UGGACUGCCACGUGUGUGCCUACAACGGGGAGAACUGCUUCAACCCCAUGCGCUGCCCGUCCAUGGUCACCUACUGCAUGACCACGCGCACCUACUUCACCCCGACCAAGAUGAAGGUGAGCAAGUCGUGCGUGCCCAGCUGCUUCGAGACGGUGUACGAUGGCUACUCCAAGCACGCCUCCACCACGGUCUGCUGCCACCUCGGCCCUGCAAUGCUUCACCUGCCAGGAGCCCUCGGGGGUGUUCAGCUGCGUCCACAUCGCCACCUGCAAGGCCAACGAAACCAUGUGCAAGACCACACUGUACUCCCGGGAGAUCGUGUACCCCUUCCUGGGGGACGUCACGGUGACCAAGUCCUGUGCCAGCAAGUGUGUGCCCUCGGACGUGGACGGCAUCGGCCUGACACGGCCCGUGUCCUGCUGUAACACUGACCUGUGCAACGUGGAUGUGGGCGGGGCGCCCGCCCCCCGAGGCCCCUGUGGCCUGGCCCUGGCCCUCCCGCUGGUCUCCCGCCGCGGCCGCGUCUUUCCUGAAAAAAUCUCCAUGCUUCCAGCACUCACCCGCCCCCGCCUUGGACUGGACCCCAAGAUGCGGGCCACACGCUGAUGGACGCGGUGGAACGUGCAGUUCCGAGCACCUUCCCUGCUGGGCCCGCCCCCACCUUCCCUGUGUUCCCUCGUCCCACCUUCCCCCUUCCCUUCGGCAGCCGGGGCAGCCUGGGCCGGGCCUCACUUCACUGCUCAGCCCUCUGCCCUCCCUGGUGCCACCUCGUUUCCUUUCAUGCCUCUCCCUGCCCCUCCCUCGCCCAGCCCUGCGCACAGACGGUCUGUCCCUCUGGGGGCCACGGCAGAG